AUGGGGUCGUACGUCGCCGCACCUCCCGCGCAUCGAGCGCAGGAAGACAGGCACGGGAAUGAGCCCCUGACCAAUGGACAGGGCCAUGGUUCGCGUGCGCCCGCCUUUUCGUUUGUGUGUCUCGGUGUGGGCGGAGGGCCGCUGGAGACCAACUGCUCGGGAUACCUGAUGAAGCCUGCCGAUCAGCCCUGGAGCGCGGGCACGACACUUGUCGAGGCAGGAUCAUGGCUCGGAUCGCUGGUGGAGCUGCUGCGCGAUCCCGCGACAUCACCGCUGCAUGACGCCGAUUUUCCUCCGGGCCUCUCGCCGGAAGCGCAGGCCGAACAUGUCAACGCGUGGGUCAACCAAGCGCUUAUCUCUCACGGGCAUCUGGACCAUAUCUUUGGGCUUGUGCUGGCCUCGACCGCACAGCGCGUCCAGCGGCCCGUGUACGGGCUGCAAGACACCCUAGAUACCAUCCUGAGCGUCUUUAACGGACGCGUCUGGCCAAAACUGGCCUCGUAUGACCAGCAAGACCCCAUGGCCUUUUACCAUUUACGACCAAUGGAACUGGAAAAGAAGUACAAGCUCAGCGAUGUCUUGUCGGUCACGCCGUAUCCCGUGAGCCACGGCAUGUCACUCUUGGCGCACGACACGGCCGGGUUCCGGCCGAUCAUCGCACCGAACCCCACUCCUUGCUCGUUCCAUUCGGGACACAUUUCUUCCACGGUGUCGACUGCUUUUCUUUUUACACACACGGUCCUGGACUGCGACGUGCUGUUCAUGGGCGACGUUGAGCCUGAUGCAGUCGGCGGCAGCCAGCGCAACCAGGCGAUGUGGCAGGCCAUUGCGCCGCGUGUAGCGCAAGGCAAGCUACGCGCGAUCUUUAUCGAGUGCAGCUUUGGGUCUGAUCAGCCCAACGAGUACCUCUUUGGGCACCUCACGCCAAGGCACCUCUACGACGAGCUGCGUGCGCUCGAGGACGCGGGCAAUGCCGUGCUGGGCGAUAUAGAAGCAGGCCAGUGCCUCGCGGGGAUGAAGUGCGUCGUGAUCCACGUCAAGGACAUGAUGCUUCCGAGCUCGAGCACGCCGCCGUGCCGCCUGCCGGCUAACACUGCGCCCGAGGCCAUUGCCGCCCACGCGGGAGCGCCCAAGCUGCUCCCGGUGGACUUGCGCGCACAGAUUCAAAACGAGCUCGCGGUUCUCGAGGAGAAGUAUGGACUCGGCGUCGAGUUUCACGUCGCACGGCGGGGGGACCGGAUUGAAUGCUGA